AUGUUGCGACGGGCAAAUUCCAGCAGAGGUUCUGGAUCUGGCGAGAAAAAUAAUCCUUUAAAGCAUUUGUUCGCACCCAAUCAUCCUUUGUUCCACCCUCGUCGUCGUGGCAUUCGACCCAUUUUCAAUUACGCUGAUCGUCACGUUAAAAUUAUAGUCACUAACUUUAUUACUGUCAGGAAUCGAGCACUAUCAGUUCGCUCCUCAGGGGGCAAAUCUUCAUCCAAAGAUACCUUAUCCUCCAAACAUUUCUCCCUCUCUUCCCUUCGUGGAAUCAAUCAACCAGAUCUCUCGAAGAAACUUUACAAACUCAUCAAAACCGAAAACAAUCUCAUUACAGCAUAUGAAACGGCAGGCAGAGAACGUAUUUCGAUUGCUACUCAACUUUCCGAAUGGGGUGAAUCCACUGACGACGAUGCGAUUUCGGAAAUCUCGGAUAAGAUUGGAGUUUUAUUGAGCGAACUAGGUGACCAGGAAGAUUAUUAUGCACAUAGUCUGGAUGACUCAAGAGGAGUGUUGAAAGCGAUUCGAAAUACUGAGAAGAGUGUUCAGCCAAGCCGGGAUCAUAAACAUAAAUUGGUAGAACAAAUUGCUAAAUUACGGGCCAAGGAACCUCAAAGUGCUACAUUGGUUACAUUGGAGCAAGAGUUGGUCAGAGCAGAAGCAGAACAAUUGGUUGCUGAGGCUCAAUUAACAAAUAUUACAAGAAAGAAGAUCAAGGAAGCAUAUGAUGCAGAAUUUGCUGCCACCAUUGAAAGAGCAGAGAAACAAAUCAUCCUUGCUCGUCAUGGACGUCGACUCCUCAAUCUCCUUGAUGAUACACCAAUCGUACCGGGAAAUAUUCGUCCAGCCUUUGAACACACUGAACAAGCCCGACAAAUUCUCAAUGAUGCCGAGGAUGAUCUUCGAGAUUGGCAAUUGGAUGAGGAAGAACUUCAGUCACAUGGUAACUUGGAUUCUGGUGCAAUGCGUCAGGAAGGUGCUGAACAUCAACAAGCUCAAAACGUAGAAGGUUCUGUUGUUGGGACUGAGGAUGGUUAUCGUCAUGAAGGAGUUCAAUCGGAAAUUGGUGAGAGUAGGAUCAGUAGUGGACAACAAAUUCCGGGAAGUUAUGCUCCUAGUGUUACGGGAACUUCAGUCACAACUGGUCCGAUGGAGACAAAUGAGGCUAAUAGGGUUGCUUAA